GACUCAAUGACUACACUUGACAAUAUUGAUCAAGAACCAGAACAUGGAAGUGAUGAAUUAGUUUUGCCAGAAAAUAAGGAAAACAAAACUAGCGAUAAUCAUGUUGAUAAUGAAACAGAUCAGUCCAUAGGACAUAUGCGUGAUGAAGCCUUAAGGCGUAAAGAACGUUUAAAGCAAUUACGUAUGAAAAAUGCAUCACAUAAAAGUAUUAUACACUUAAACAAUGGUGAUAAUGGAGAAUUACCCAAACCGAUAUUUCGAAAUUACAAACCACAGUCAGAAGAAUUAAAAGAUGGUGAAUUGCCUGCUGGUAAACCGGUAGAUCUGAACAAGCACAUCAUUGCACAACUUGAAGCUGCCGAUGCACCAGUUAUUGUUGAUGAAGUUAAUCUAUCAAGUCUUGCACCUCGUAAACCUGAUUGGGAUUUAAAAAGGGGUGUUGAAAAGAAAUUGCGUAAAUUAGAACGUCGAACUCAACGUGCUAUUGCUGAAUUAAUUCGUGAACGUCUUCUUGAAACAAGUGUCGAUUCCACUGAGACAUAUGCAAACCAUUCGAAAUCAAUUGAAUGAUGAAUUAUUUUUUGAACCUUUUAUUAUUAUUAUUUUGUAUAAAAUAUACUUGCGCAUACUGAUUCAUGAUG